AUGGCAGACAACUCUACCGCCUCUGCCCUUGCCGGGCAAUGGCGCAAUCCAGCUGGCUUCAUGUCCCUGUUAAUGAUAAUCGGAGGCCCCGUCAUACAAUCAGCACUUGCCCAGCUCACCGGACCAUCUUUCGUUCCCAUCUGUUUUAGUUUCGGCUGGGUGUCGUACGCCUUCUCUACUAUAAGUGUCUUGGUCGGCGAUGGACGUUUGAUGCCACUCGCAGACUACGCAUGCAAGGUUAUUAAUCUCGAAAACGGCUAUACACGAACGAAUAGAUCUUGGAUUGUUGGUCGACUAUUACGAGAUCUGGAAAAGCCACUCUUGAACGAAGCACUGCGGGUCGAGGUUUAUGAAGCCGUCGAUCCUCCUCGUGGAAAGGUUGUGGCACGGGGAAGAUCAAGAUGGUUUGGAUCAGGGGCCAUUCUCAUUCAGCUGGGCAUCACUAUCAUACCAUUGAAAUCCUUUGGUGACUGGGGUCCUUUGAUGAUUACCAUAUUGGGAACUUGCGGAGCCGUUAUAACGGCAGCAUUACCUCAAUGGAGAGUGGAGAAGUUGGCCUGUCGGGCUAAAUCCGCAAAAAGGAUCGCAAUCACUACGGGAAAUGGGUCGCGUCAUGUGAUAGUGAUUUUGGGAAACGCGGGUAGCCUGGACAUCGAAGAUCUGGCCGCGGGAGAAGGACCACGACAACCUAGGUCGUGGAACGAAGUCAGUUGGUGCGUGAAAUACGUGGAUGAAACUGGAAAGGAGGUAAAGGUUUCUCGGACGGAAGCCUUUAAAGAAUACAUGAAAGAGAAGGACAUUGUCACUGUGUGGAAUGGGACUUGGCUAGGGAUCUGGUGUUUUCAAUGGCAUAAGGCCAAAGGAGGCAAACCGGUGCCACGGGCGAGGAGCAAAGAUGUCAUUGAAGAUUACAUGGAGAAACGAAAGCUUACAGAGGAAGCAAGGCUCUUCCGUAGCCUUCCGAUAGGCUUCUGGAUAACCAGGCUGCUAUGUGGAUUUCUCAUACUCCUUUGGGCAGCAGUUCUCAUCUCAGUAAUGGCACUGAAAGAAAGAGUAUGGUAUUUGGUCGGGGUUGGAACUGUUGGCCUGGUCCAUAACGCUACCACUGCGGCAAUGAGCCGAACGCCAGAGUCUCGCGGCAUCCAUCUGAAAAGGCAAAAGAUGGUAUUCACAGGACAGAAGGUUAUGGAUGUGUUGAUGGAUCUUGAUACAUGGGAGCCUGGAUGCGGCAGGUCUCUACUUAAGGAAUUCUUUCCUGCAGGGCUUGAUGUUGAUAAGGAUCGAGGGGAGACUGACUGGUGGGAGGAAAAGAAAAGAAAAGAUGAUGAGAUAAGGGGAGGGAGUAGGGAAAAGAGCACAAAGCAAAACGCUCAGUUGGAAGCGAACUGUGAGCGUAAAGAUAAGUAUGAUCAAGAGCGUUACAAGGAUGAGAACUGCGGGAAAAGAUACGACGGUGAAGAGAUUGAGAGCCCCAACGUACCAAGUCGAGGGAAGAGGUGGGGUGGUAUUACGAGAAGAGUAAGGGAUGCUGGUUAA